GCUGGGCUGGUUACUGCAGACCGGCAUCCAGGCGCGGGGAAACUGAGUCCCAGGUCGCUCCAGACCAGCAAGGCCUGGGCUUUUGUGGUCGGACAGAAGUCAGGUCACAGGCUGAGCGGGCCCAGAGGGGCACGGGCAACGGGGCCGCGGCGGCUGCGUACGAGUUUGCCAGGCGAGAGCAACCGCCCGGCCUGUGCUCCCUUCUCCCUCCUCCAGGAUGGGCUCCAAAGCCAAGAAGCGUGUGGUGCUGCCCACCCGUCCGGCGCCCCCCACCAUGGAGCAGAUUCUGGAGGACGUGCGUGGGGCGCCGGCCCAGGACCCCAUCUUCACGGCUCUGGCCUCAGAAGAUGCCCCAAGACCCAACAAGAAGACUGAGGAGCCCGAGGCCCAGCGGGAGCUUCUCUACCAGCAGAGCCGGGCUUACGUGGCCACCAACGAGCGGCUGCGGCAGGCUGGGGGCGGGCUGAGGCGGAAGUGCGAGGCGCUCCGGCAGGCCGGCCAGGAGCUGGAGCUGGACAUCAGCCAGGUGUCACAGACGGCGCUGCCGCCACCGGGGACCCUGGCUCUCUCCUCACGCUGACCUGGCUUCCCCCUCUCCCUGGGGACAUUCCACGUCC